UGCCGAACAGCCCCAUUCCGCGAUCAAACUUCUUCCCCAUGGUUGCCACAGUGUCUGACCCGGAGAACUCACAGCACUCGGAACGGGAAAUUGAGAUCCGCAAUCUCAGUGGUGAGGUGCUGUGCACCUUGUGGUCGAAGGCCUUGACUCCAGAGGACCUGAAGGUGGAUGUACAUUCUGCGACGGACAUCCCUCCGUCCUUCUUUGAGUUUGCCCUCAUGGACAAUGACGCCGCUACCAUCAUCUUGAAAACCGACUGCCCUUGGGAUAUGGUCUUAGAUUUGGCCGGCCGGGACCUCGAAGGGGAAACCUCAAGAUUGACCACCAAGAUCUUGCAGCUCUGUCAACAUCAAGACGUUGCACUUGAAAAGCAUAUGAUUGAGGCCAUUCAGAAUGGUGACGAGAAGAUGGUGGAAGUUUUCUUAGAGAAUGGUUUCUCGCCCAACCAUCCUGUGUUGCCGCUUCAUGUCUGUGCAAAAGUGGGUAGCAUUGAAACCAUGCGCGCUCUCCUCCAGGCUCGCGCCGAAGUCAACGUCCAGAAUUCCGAUGGUGACACCCCGUUGCACUUCGCGUGCCAACGAAGAGACGCCACCUUCGCUGAGCUGCUGCUGAACCAGGGAGCGGAUCCGUGGCAGAGGAAUGAUCUGGGAGAGAGGCCGGACGUUCAUUUCGAGGGCUUUGAAACUGAUGACUCGGACAGAGAGGAACCAACUGCACCCUCUGAGACUUCCUCAGUGUGCAGCCUGGGAAGUUCCCCUUAGAUCGUCUUAGCUGGUCACAGUUUUUCAGCUCCAGAUCUGAGGGAGAAUUAGUCAGGGAAGUUGAAGUUGAAAGUUGGAUCAACAGAGAUUUGCCUACCUUCGCAGAUUCCUGGAGAAAAAACUAUGCCCUUUUCAGGACUUGGGCGCCUGAGCAGGCCCUUGGCAGAAUGAUCAUGCCGUGAUAAUGACAAGUUUAAACGUUUUCCGUCCCUUUGACGUGGACCCCUGCGUCGGGUGAACUGGGGGCAUCCUAGCCCUGGGUGUUUCUGAAAAAUUAGGGAGUACGUACAUCCCCCAAAUGAACCAGUGGAUUUGGGGCACCCUAUUCAAUUAUUCUCACGCAAAUCCAUAUACUAGCACUCACUAGUAAUUAAUUAUAAUUAAUCUGCCUAUAGGAUUCCUAUGGGUCAGUUCAAGGCUUUUGCGACAGCUACAGUCUAAAAAGGUCAUUUGAGGGUGGCCAAAGACCCCUUCAAGUGGCAUGUUGGACUAACAUCCAGUGGUGCAGUGCCUCCGAUUCAUUGCCGAUCCAAAGUGGUGGCGCAGAGAGGCAAUGGUGGCAAAAA